AACAUCCCCAAUUCUUUUUACGACAAUCAAUGGCAUCACUUGCACAGUCAGCAGCGCUCACCAAAUCUGAGAGUAUUUUCACACGGUGUUCAUUUUUCGAUUUCUGACAUCCUGCAUGGCGAUGCCAGGCGAUGCCAACAAAACUGUUUUCGUCGGAAAUUUGGAUCCUCUGGUAAAGGAGGAGAUUCUGUACGAGCUUUUUCUGCAGGCUGGUCCGGUGAGGAAGGUGACGAUGGUCGUUGAAGGCCGGCGAAGGCCGUUUGGUUUCGUGCUGUACAAGCAUGCUGAGGCUGUGCCUUAUGCCAUCGCCCUCCUCAACGGGAUCUCUCUGUACGGGAGGCCCCUCAAACUGAACUUCAGCACAGGAAGCUCACAGGACCCCUGGGGUAGCUUUGGAUCUCCGGGCUCUGAGGAUAGAGGACCUAACAUAGUCAGGAGAGGAGUGUGUCCCCAGGAUUCUCCCAUCUUUAACUUCAGUGGCUUUACUCCCCAUGGCGACUGCAGAUCUCAAGACCAGAUCACCAGGGGAAAUGCAGUCUGUAACUGGACUCCCUGUCAGCUACCCCCUCUAACCCCUCUCCCACACCAAGUUGCCCCCAACCCCUUCGCUGGACUCUUCAGUUCUACUUCCCCUCUGCCGCCCUGGCGUGGGCCUUUCUGGACGCCACCUCUAACUCCUCUGCCCCCGCCAGCACCCCCUGCACAGGAAAGGGAGGAGGCACCGCCCCCAAAGGAGCGAGAGAUGGAAAGAGAGAGAGACAGAGAGAAACCUCCAGUGUCCGUUCAGGAAAGGGAGAGAGACAGAGAGAAACCUCCAGUGUCCGUUCAGGAAAGGGAGAGAGACAGAGAGAAACCUCCAGUGUCCGUUCAGGAAAGAGAGAGGGGUAGGGAGAGGCUCCCAGUGCCUCUAAAUCCAAAGGCUCAGGAGGUGGAGAGAGAGAAGGAAGUCAAACGGCGCAAACACAAGAGGAUGAGAAGUAGGAAACACCGGCAUCAGAGCAGACACAAUACCAAUACAUGAGUCUCUCUCUCUCUCUCUCACUCACUCACUCACUCACACACACACACACACACACACACACACAAAUAUAUAGUAUACAUACUGUGCCACACAUAUACAUAUACUGACACAGACACACACUCAUGUAUAUAGAUGACCAUGUGCAAAGAUAGACAGACACAAACCUGGGAUCCUUAGCUCUUUCCAUAUCAUGCCGGGUGUCCUAUGCUCAAUGUGUAGCCAGUUAUGGGCUGCUCUGCGUCAUCUGAAAGACUUCCUUUCACACAGUGACUCAGCACUUUAUCUAAUGUGAUGUGUGAUGGAGGAGAGAAAGAGCGACAUAAUAACGUUCUUUUGAGAAUAUGGUGUCCUUUAAAUGUUACCUGACUUUUGUUUUUGUUUGGGAUUCAUUUCUUUUGAAUAUGUAUAUCUAAUACGCCCUUCUGGUGAGGGUCAGAAACAAUAUUUAUAUUUACAAUUAUUUGUAAGCAGACUCAAAGACAAGGCCAUGAGCAGCUCUAGGGUGCGCCGUUCCCACUCUAGAGGGCCUGAUUAAUACUACAGUCUGCUUUCUGUGAAACGAUUGAAUUCAGCCGUUUGUGCUUUAGCCUUUCAUUCGUAAUCCAGUUUUCAACUGCAGUUGAUUUCUGGGUUGAUGUUGACCUUUAUGAUAUUGUUCAUAUGAUUAAUUUCAUAUAUUUGUACUAUUGUACUUUUUGAAUGUCAGUUGUUUAUCCAUUUAUAUUCAACUUUUGUGUUGUUUAUAGCCUAAUCUGCACAUUGCCUUAA